AUGGAGCCCACCGACAUGCCACUCCCAGGAGAGAGCGCCGAGAAGGCUAGCCGACUCGACAGCUCCAACACCACAACAUUCGACACAACUGCCGAAGCCGGACCCAAUGCCCAAGUCGUAAGCCCUCUUCAGCCACCGCAGCCAGUAGAGCACCCUCAAGGUGACGAGAUUGUGAAGCAGGUUGAGUACUACUUUUCCGACGAAAACCUUAUCACGGACAAAUAUCUUCUCGACAAGACUGGAGGCAAGGAAAACAAGCCCGUUGGUCUCAAGAGUCUCUGCCAAUUCCCGAAGAUGCGAAAGUACAAGCCCUUCAGAUCUGUUGUCGAGUCUCUGAAGAGAAGCACAAAGCUUGAAGUCAUCGACAACAAGUAUAUCAAGCGUAGGGUUCCACUCGCUAUAGAGCCCACUGUAUCACCUGAAGAGAUCAAGGCAGCCAUGGAGGAAGAGCAGAAGAGGAAGGGCAACGUACCUCCACCCGAUCAGCCAUGGAUAACCAAGGGCAUGAUGAAACCCACAGGUUUCGAGGAGUUCUUUGCGGACGCACCUGUCACUCCUGCAGCAUUCAAGGAGGAGCAGUCAAUCUACGACAGACGUAUCGAGACAGCCAUUCAGCGUUACCGCGCUCGACGCAAAUUCCACCAACAAACAGCCCAGAUUUUCAACAAGUUCAUGAACUAUGGAGGCAUCGAGUCCGGUCCCAAGAUGUUCGGCGGAAGCGACAACAGAGAUCUGGCCGAGAUGGAUGCUGCGCAGAUUGCUGCCCUCACCGCCAUACAUUUCGUCGCCGAAGACAUACUUUACACCGACAGGUGGGAGGUCGACUUUGUUGGUGUAGCAAAGGGGUUUCUAUCCUGCCACAUGUUGACCGAGCUUGAGAGUGGUUCAGGACAGGUGGAUAGUGCAAGAGCCACAAACGUCAUGCGCAACUUCUACAACUAUCUGCUGCACCACAACGUCUGCCCAGAGUUCGAGAGCCAGAUCCACGCCGCACGCAAAGUCUGCGAUCUCGCAGACGUGGAGCUCUUCAAUGUAGUCGUCGCCAGGGAGAAGCUUCCAGGCCCCUUCAACACAGCCGUCUCGGCUACGCACAGCGGAACCGUCGCAGGCGUGUACAGCAGUGAGCAGCACUGGGAAGAUAGUGGUAUCAUCGGUCGUACGCUACAGGACUGCAGAGACAUCGUCAAGUUCGCCAUCUCAGCUUACGGCUCUCAACAGCAAUACGAGCAGGUUGCCGACGUGGGUAAGUUUGAGACUGUUUAUCAAGAACAAAUUAGCCUGGAGGUGAUCAAGAUCGAGAUGGCCGAAGAAGCGACGCGUACCCUUUAUGCUGCAGCUCGAGAGGAGAAACCUUUCCUCGCUACCCUUGGCAAGCUUCAUUGUCGUCGCUGGACCUACCCACUCGCACCUAACUUCGACCAUUCAGAGGAGGCGCUGAGACGACAACAAACGGAGCACAGCAUGACUCUGUGGGUUGAGGAGAACAUCCUGCAGUACUGUGCUGUGGGCAUGAAAAUCGAAGGUGAAGUGCGAGAGCUUGACGUCGGUAUCAAGUGGCUGGACAGCAUUCGUGCCAUCGGUCCAUCAUUCUUUGAAUGGCUACCCAACGAGCUCUACAAGCAGGAAAAGGCUCUGAAGGCUGAGUACGAAGCACAGCAGAGCAACAACCAGGUAAACAUGGAGCCGGAGGAUAUUGAAGGUCCCGCUUAG